CCUAUAGUUCAAUAACCUAAUUAAUUUACUGUAUAUUAGAAUAUCUAAGACUAAAAAGCCAUGAAACCCUAAAUCUUCCCGUCACUCCCAUCCCUUCUCUUCCCACUCCUCUUCUCUCAAUCCCCUCUCCCUCACGGCUCACAAACCACCAGCUGCCGCCUCCUCCGUGACCACCAGCAGGCCACGUUUCCCUUCCCCUGCAGCAGCCAGACACGCCUUCCCUUCUCCCUCCUUCACGCACAGUCACGGUAACCAGCAGCAGCAGCCCGAUUUCCUCCCCCUUAGCAGCAGCCACGGCUUCCUUUUUGUCCCCCAACAGCAGGAGGCUGCUGUAACGCCAAGUAUAGCACCACCACGCAGCUUUCCUCCGCCAUUUUGUGCUCCGCACCACCUCAAGAACCACCUAGUCUUCACUCCUUUUCUAAUUGCUCCAUAGUGCCCACUUCAUAAGAGGAAGGUAGAACCUUAGUUGGGUGAUUUUUGUAACUUUUGGUCGUGCAGUGACGCUUGCAGUCUUGAUUUAUAGAUAUUAGGUGAGUAGUGAGAAAAAAUGACCACUGCAGCAAGACCUACUUGGGCACCUGCGAAGGGUGGAAAUGAGCAAGGUGGUACAAGAAUUUUUGGCCCAUCUCAAAAGUAUUCUUCAAGGGAUCUUGCAGCGCAUACUAAUUUAAAACCCAGAAAGGAUGGACAAGACACUCAGGAGGAGCUUCAGAAGAGGAACCUUCGUGAUGAACUUGAACAGCGUGAGCGAAGACAUUUUUCUUCCAAAGACAAAUCAUAUGGUGAGGAUAGAGAUCGUAGAAAGGGAAGCCAUCUUUUUCUGGAAGGAUCAAGGAGGGAAGCUGAAGACCGCAUUAUUCCUAAAAGUGUGGAUGCUGAUGAUUCUGAUGUUGAUGUAAAAAGUGAUGAUGAAAGUGAUGAGGACGAUGACGAUGAUGAGGAGGAUGACACAGAAGCUCUUCUGGCAGAGCUUGAACAAAUAAAGAAGGAAAGGGCCGAGGAGAAGUUACGAAUGGAACGACAGCAACAAGAGGAAGAAUUGAAAGUCAAAGAAGCAGAACUAAUGAGGGGAAACCCUUUACUUAAUAUCAACGGUCCAACCAAUUUCAAUGUAAAACGAAGGUGGGAUGAUGAUGUUGUAUUCAAGAAUCAAGCUCGUGGUGAGACGAAAACAGCUAAACGCUUCAUCAAUGAUACCAUCAGGAAUGAUUUCCACAGGAAAUUUCUACACAAGUACAUGAAGUAAACUGUUUUUAUUUCCAUUUGAUGUAACAACUGAUUUUCCUGUAUCCAUGAGUAUGUCCUUAAAAACUAAAUUUCUUGAUCAUGUUCGUUCGAUUGUGAAGCUCUGUUUUUGAAUGCGCUGUAAUGUUUGUGUCAAAAUUACUUCACCUUUGAUGUCAUGAUUUUAGAUUUAUGUGUACUCAAAUCUUGUUAUCAUUUCUUCCUAAGAUCUUCAAGACAUUGUUCGUUAAAUUGACAUAUUGUAAAAUGAGGUUUUGUUAACUCUA